UGUACUUUUCAUUAUUUUAAACUUUUUUCUUUAGCCCGGCAUAAUAAUAUAACACUGUUACCAUUUAUUACAGUAUUACGGAUGACACAUGUUCGAAAUGGUAUGACGUUAAUUAAUAAAAAAUAAUAACAUAUUAUAUUUAAUACCGUUGUAAUACUAUCUAAACGCCUAAAUAAUUGUCCYGCGUCGUUUUACCACGAUUGGCACCCGAAUGUGUCGUUUUGCGAUUUUUCGCGCGAUAAUUAUUAAUAAUUGCAAAUUGUGCGCGCACCACGAAUAAACUACGCGACUCUAUUUGAAUUGUUCUCGAAACGAGCUGAACACGUUAGCUCGGUAUUUUAAUAUAUAUCAUCAUCAUCAUUAUCAUUAUUAUUAUUAUUAUUAUUAUGGUAUAUGUAUUUGGAGGACAUUGAUUUUGACCAAGCAGGGGACUCGGCAACUCGGCGCCGGCACAAUUACCAUAAUAAUAAUUGAUUAAUUAAUUGACGACCACGGCCACGGCUUGUGAAACUAUUUACACCGGACGCCGAUGAAAUAAAUCCAAAUCAAAUUAUCUYGCAUCGAAAGUAUAUAUAUACCUAGAUAUACUACGUCCACGAAUAUGAAGGUAUCGCCAUUGUUGCCACAGACGUCGGCAAAAAAACAAGAAGACGUUCCUCUUCACGAGAACUCGGAAGUCACUAAUAACUGUUUGAAACGCCGUCGGCUUCAUUCGCAGACGAAUAUUAUAAUCAAUGGUCACUAUCGACAUAGUAAACACCAUUACCCUCGACACGACGACAAAUCAUCAUCAAUGGAUUGUUUCGACACCAUUAGCAACAACGUUAACGGCAACAGCAACAGCAGUAGUUGUAACAGCAGUAAUAGUGGCGAAGACGCGAGCGAUUGCGACGAUUCACCGAUGAGACCUAGCAGUCACCCGAACCAACAAUACCCAGAAGGAGGGUCGUCCACACCGUCGCCUGCACAUCACAAUAUGAAGGAUGGUUUUCAGCAGACGACUACAGUUGCCAAUAAUAACAAUUGUAGUAAUGGAGGAGAUUGUAUGGCACCGGCAAUAAGACAAACUGCAGUACAACAUCUAGCAACCAAUAGUGAUGAUAAAAUCACAUUAUCGUUGUCAUCUCACUCUGAAAAAAACAAUGACAGUGAAACCUUCGACAUUACAAAUGAACCGAUUUUGUUGUCAAGUUCAGUUAAAAACCUCAAUAAAAAUGCAAAGAUUAAUGACAAAAUUCCGUCGGCAGAUACUGAUUUUCAUGAUCAUAUGGUAACAGCCAAUUAUAUUAACAGUGAAACUAGUAAUGAUGAUUGUUUGUCUCAAUCACCUUUGAACUUAACCCGUUCUCAAGGAUCGUCAGAAGAAGGUGGCAACAAGAGUGAGGACGACGAAGGAGAAUAUGAUAACGAUAGCGAAGAAAAAAACUGUUUUGGUAAUGCCAUUAAUGAAGAUGAAAAUAUGGUCAAUGGUCAUAACAUACCAACAACAGAAAUUCCAUUUCCUUGGAAUAUUACCUCAGCCAAUAAUAAACAAAAGCAGCAACAACAGGAUGRAAAAAUCACAGCACCACCACUUCAACUUUUGUUAACUUCUGGUCAACUUACUACGGGUUGCUUACAAGCAGCUCAAUUGCUAAUACCAACAGCUCGAGGUAUUAUGACUCAAACAAUUUUGGCCAUUCCUAUUAAUGAUAUGGUUUCUUCUGCAAUCACAACUCCUACUUCAAAUCAGCAACAACAAUUACAGCAACAAUUAUUAUAUCAUUCAACAAAUAAUAUUCGACAAAAAAAUAUUAACCGACAACAGCUCAAUCAAACUUGUCAACCGUCGUUACCCUUACCACUCAAUCGUUAUUUUCAACAACACCUAACUACAGCUGAUGAUACGACUAWUGCCAGUGGUACUCCCGACAAUGUUAGUAGUGAAAAUAAUAAUUACGAUGGUAAUGUGAUUAAUAAUGAUACAGUUACAGCAGAUCAAUAUAAUAAUAUUCAACGACGAAAAUGGCAGUCCCCUGACCUCAAUAGCAAAAAACAUACAUUUUUAACACCUCAACAAAAGCUAUUAUCUCGCACCAAGAAUGAGGAAAGCAGUGAUUCGAUGAAUGUACAGCGUUCAAAAGAACCGUCUAUGGUUCAAAUACCAACAGGCACAAAUGGAGAUAGUCGUAUUUAUUCAACCAAUAAUGCUGCUUCAAUUGUUACUGCUGCAACACCAAUGUCACCACCUACACUCAGGCGUAAUGAGGGUAGUAAUGGAGGARGUGUAGAAGUAAUCCAACGUCAAACUAUGUGGCCAACAGCAAUUACGGCAACCGAUCAACAUAAUGGUGACGAUGAAACAGAAAAUGAAGAAGAUAAACAGCAGCCACAUCACCCUUCUCAUGUUAUAUCUCCUGCGCCUCCAACGUCUUCCGCCAACAUAAAUGCUUUGAAGUCAUUAGCACCGCCAUCUUCACAACUUAACUGCCACAUAAAACCAYCCAAGGAUGAGGACUCGACUUCAGCAGCUGCUGCUGCAGCGGCUGCAUAUAAUCAGCAAAAUGCUAUUUGCACAGCACUCGCCACACACAUGAUAUGUGCUUCACAACUCGCUGCUGCACAACAACCAAUGUUUGAGAAUCUGGAAAGUGGCAACCCCACUAAAAAACCAAAUAAUGUAUACAAUAACAAUAAUAAUAACAUCAAAACAAAUAAUAUGAUGGGUGUAGUGAACCCAGCUGUAUUGGAAAAAUGGAUGAUGGAGGAGAGAUAUUAUUACAAUAAUAAUAAUAACAACAACAAAAACAUUACUGGUGGUCACUCACAUCACCAGAGGUAUAACGCGGCCGCCGCAGCGGCUGCUGCUGCAGCAGCUGUCGAAUUGUUGAGUGGUGGCGUAUCUGCAUCGUCAAGUGGUGGCGGUGGCGACAGCUUAGCAUCGUGCAAAAAACGUAAAAGACGCACUUCGUUCACACCUCAUGCCCUAGAAUUGUUAAACGGCCAUUUUGAACGCAAUACACACCCAUCAGGAUCUGAAAUCACUGGACUGGCACACAGAUUAGGCUACGAACGUGAAGUGAUACGCAUUUGGUUUUGCAAUAAACGUCAGGCGUUGAAGAACACUGUUCGAACUAUAAAUGGCAACGGUCCGACCCAUAUGACUGGCACAAAAUCUCAAUCUCAUAGCAACACAAGUGGUUAUUAAUCACUGUAUUAUUUAUAAAUUUUACGUUGUGUCCAAAUAAUGAACCAUACCCAGUUUUCCGACAAUCACGAAGUAGCAUCUGGUCAUGUCCAUAUCUCUUAUGCCAUUUUUUUUACGCAAAAACUCUACCGGAAGAAUUAUUUUCUUUUUUUCAUUCACAAUACCCGUCGAUUCAUAAGAAUAACUAGAGGUUAAAAGACCAAAAAUUGGGAGGAAUCGUUCUAUAAAACAACAUGUUUAAUUUUUUUCAUAAUUUUUUUAAUUGUUUUAAGUGUCUAAUUAUAAUUAAUAGAUGUUAAUUUAUAACUUUUAAUAUUAUGUUUGGAUUUUCAUUAGUAGUUUUAAAAGAAAACUAUAACUAUAUUCCAAAUAAUAAUAUGAAAUAAAAUAUUUUUUGUGAAAUAAUAAUAGUAAAUAGUACCUAUUUAAUAUGUGUAAAUAAUGUUAGUGUACAAUAUGGUUAAGUUUAAAAACUAACUUAUAUUUCAGUGAAAAUAAUAUAAGCUUAAAUUAAGCUAUAUAUGUAAUCAUUUAAUUAUUAAUUAUAUAAUGCAUGUCAAAGUAUGAAAUUAAAUCUUAUAUCAAGUCAAAGUUACCAAUUGAUAGACUGUUAAAAAAGCACUAGGUCUUUUACAAAUAAUUGGAAAAAGCCAUUUUAAAUAGUACAUUUGGAACCUAUUGCAACCAAUAACAAACAACAUUUUAACAAAUUAUGUGUCAAAUAUUUAGUUUUUGUUGUACUACCUAACAGUAUAUCUUAAAAUGUGUUUGACUUAAGAAUAAUAAUUAAUUUUGUCAUAUAUUACAAUAAUUGUAAUAUACAUCUAGUCAAAAGUGUAACUUCAAUACCAUAACUAGGAAACUAGAUCUAUAGCAGUACAUAGAAUUUACAUAAUACUUUUAGGAGAGGCUAUAAAACAUUUCCUAAGAGCCAAUUCUUCCAUACUUCCAAUUGCAUUAAUGCAUCUAGCUUUAAUGAUUUUAAAAAUUAUACAUUAUUAUUGUAUUAAUAUACUUUAAAGAAGGAAUAUUUGGUCUCUUAACCAUUGAAAAGUAACUUACAGUUAAUACCUAAUAAUUUUAUCUUAACAUGCCUUAUAACAAAUAUUUAAUUUAUAUCUGUAUAAUAUUUGUACUAUGUAUAAGCAGUAUUGUAAAUUUUCACAUGUCAGUCUGCGUGUGUAACUGUAUGUGUAAGUGUGUGCUUGUAAAUGUAUAUGUGUGUAUAUUUACCCUAUUAAAAUGAGAUAGUUUUUUUGGUA